AGAAGAAAUACUGUGUCAAAGAGCAUAUGUGAAAAUGAAAUGUUGAUGUCUCAUUAAGACAACAAACAGUGGAAACCUAGCGGUGUUAACGAAACUGUUUGUCUGUGGAAACCUAGCGGUGUUAACUCAAACAGAGCCUUACUGAUUGGGUCAGUUACUCGGGUGAAGUCCAUACAAACUGAUAAACCAAAAUUUAGAUUUUUUUUAUUUAAAGGUGCACUUGACAAAAGUGAAAGUAUUUUUAGAGCAAAAGGAAGAGACAUGAGUGGGAGUGAAGCACUCUGUCUAUAAAACAAACUGAUUUUCUAAUGUAUUUUUAGGUAAGUUGCUUUUGUGUACUGGUAUUCACAUUGCGGUUGUUUUAUGUGGGGUUGAAUUUGCCCUAUGACGGAAAAUUUUGGGUUGCAUGAGCAACAAUGGCGGGAUGGUCUCGUGGACAUGAGUGACUGGGGAGACAUAUCACACUCCCUGGGUAGAUUGCCAACCUGUCUUAUGAAGACAUCUCGCUAACAUUAGUAAGUGAAGAACCGAUCACGCCGUAGCCUCCUCCUGCUGUGUUGACAUUAGAAGAACGUGUAGCUGCACAUGAGAGGACACUAACAGGGUUAGGAAAGUUGUGGAUUUUGUGGUUUAUGGUUUAAUUCUUGAGCUACAUUGGUUUGGGUUGUAUUAUCUAUUUGAAAAAUAUUGAAAGGACACCUGAAGGUGUAUCUGUACAAGCAUAAUGAGAGAUCAGCCUAUGAAUUUGGGCCAGUUAAAGGCACAUGUGAUACAAAAGCUAGAGGAAAAAGUAGGUGAAAAAGACAAGGGACAGACAAAGAAAGCAGUGGAAAAGUUGUGGGAGAAAUGGGAGAGACAUGGUCUCCUCACCAGCAACCAGGAAGCUGAGCUGCCCACCCUCAAGUGAUCAUGUGCAUGGUGACUGACACAGCUGCAAGUCAUAGAGAAGCCCUUUGUGAUUGGGAGACGGCAGGAAGCCAUAAAUGGGGAAUGGCAUAUAGGAGACUGGAGAAGGCCAGAGACAGAGAUGCGACCACCACAGCCAUUUGCGAAAUAAUGACGGCAGCAGGCAAGACAAAUGGAAAGGAGGGGUCAGUUGCUGCCUAAACAACAACAACAGCAACAGCAACCAUGCUGUCCAUUUCACCAACCGCUCCUCCAGAGAAGGGGGGUCCGCCCAGCCAACUGUACCUCUCCCUCCAGGGAAUAGGACCUCCCCCUCCAUACCGCACUCCUCCUUCCCCCGAGGAACCAUCCCCCAUACCAGUGCAAGCUCCGGUGGUGCUCGUGAAGGGAGGUCAAUUGGAAAUGGAGACACCAGAAGAUGCAUUGAAUGCCGCCUUCCACAAGGAAGCAACCGGAGCCAUAGGAUCACAGGCUAAGCUUAUGGAACACUCCUUGAAGUAUUGACAUCUGCUGUGGCAGAAUUCUCUCUAACCAGAACACCUGCUCUACAUCUGUGCCUCCAGGAGCAAGCCUCACUGUACCUGCUUCAGCUUCACCUUCGCCUGCAGCCUCCAGAGGAACAUCAAUAAGAACUGAGGUUCCAGGGAAAGGGAGUGUAGCCUCCACCCACUCAGGGACACCAGAACUCCCCUGAUGGAUGAACCGCAAGUGCCCUAUGGAAAGCAAGGGGAAGGAGGACUAACAAAGGAAGAAUCAAUGAGACUAAACUGUCAGCAUUACUUGGAGGAGUUGGAGAGCGAAGGACUCCGAGAACGGGACCCUGACAGCGAUAAUGAACAAGACAAGGAGAGAAGGGAAGUGAAUAAUCAGUUCCUCUGAACCAUGGGUCAUGAUCCUGACGGAUGGGUGGAGACUCCGAUCCAGAGAGUGGCGCGAGUGCUUACAGGCCAAUUUGAAGGACACCUGACUCCCCUCGAGUCCACCUCGACGCCACAGGAGUCUAGACGUCUUCCAACAUCUCAUGGACACACCUAUGAUUUACGAGAUAUAAAAAAAAAAAAAGUUAAACUACACACAGAUGCCCCUACGCAUGGCCGGGAACGGCCUAGCAGCUUAUGUCCCUUUCGAUCAUAGAGAUAUGGAUGGAUUGAUGGGAAAACUGCCUCCUCUGGCUGGAGGAGCAGAAGACUGGAUUGCAAUGUUGGAAAGCUUCACAAUGAGAGAAACUCUUUGUGUUGGAGAUAUGAGAAUCCUCCUUGGAAGAGCAGAGGGGGAACGGGUUGCAAAGAAGUUACUUAAGAUGGCAGGAAUACGAUCUGCAGAUCCUAACCACAGACCAUUCAACACCUUCAGGAAUCUACUGUGGGAUGCCUCAAGACAGGAAUAUCCAACUGACAGAAACAUAGACGGAGUAGGAGAUAUCAAGAUGAACCCUGGAGAAGGAAUGCUGGAUGGUGUGUUGUUCUUCUUAACGCUUCAGUUUGUAAACUAGUCCUGCAGAUUCAUUCUGAAGUGGCAGGAGCGAGUGACCAAACUGUCUCCCCGACGACACAGCAAGGAGACUGAAACUGUCAAAUGUCUUGAAAUGUUAAAAUGUAUUUUCACAUUAUUGGAUGUUUUAAACAUCUAUGUGUUACUAUAAACACUCACAAUCCUACUGUCAUUUUUACUCAAAUGUGUUACUUUAAAAUAAACUAUUGGAGAAGUCUUUUUAGUAAUUUCAUUUUACAGUCAGAACUUAUAAAUACAAGACUAGGUAGUAAGAAACGUUUGAGCUCUUUGGCCAUUAGUGAAGAAUUACAGACAAUGAACCCAACUACAUGUGCGUUGCUUUAAACUCUUGAUUUUGACUAAUUCAUAACCCCCCAACUAUCACUGCUGCUAUGAAAUACACACUGUUUACUGAAGAGUAUACUGAGCUGUUUCAGCAGUUAGUACUGCAGGAAGUGAUGCAGUGUUUCUACUAAACACUCGGGUUCCUGCUCUGAAGAAGCUCCGCCCCUCACCUAACACAAACCAGGAAACAGUUUCUUCUUCUGCUUCACUGAGACGAGACACACUGAGAGACAGACGACAAGACUCACCUUCAGACCAAAACCACCACUUCCACUGAGAGAGGACAGCUACAGGAGGGAAUACUGGGAAUACUGGAGGACGACCACUUCAACCUGCAGCUGAAUCCACAAACUGAACAAGAGUUUUACAAGAACAAAGACUCAAAGUGAAAGUAACUUUCAGGGACGUCACUAACGGAGGGAGUGACUGACUGUUUCCUGUCUGAGCCGUCUGCCUGCUGCGAGUUCAGCUUCACUCAGAGACUAAAUGGCUUCCAGGUUAGAGGAGGAUUUCUGCUGUCCUGUCUGCCAUGACAUCUUUAAAGAUCCUGUCAUCCUGUCAUGUUGUCACAGCUUCUGUAAAGUCUGUCUGCAGAACUGGUGGACAGAGAAGGAAACUCAAGAGUGUCCACUUUGUAAGAGAAGAUCGUCAAAGCAAUUCCCUCCUUUAAAUUUGGCGUUAAAGAACCUGUGUGAGACGUUCAGAGAGGAGAGAGGUCAGAGAGCUUCAGAGGCUCUCUGCAGUCUGCACUCUGAGAAACUCAGACUCUUCUGUCUGGACCAUCAGCAGCCAGUGUGUCACAUCUGCAGAGAUUCAGAAAAACACAGCGACCACAGAUUCAGACCCAUCGAUGAAGCUGCACGACAACACAAGAAGAAACUUCAUGAAACUCUGGAGCCCUUAAAGAAGAAGUUACAGGUUUCUGAACAAGUUAAAGUGAAGUUUGAUCAAACAGCAGAACACCUGAAGGUCCAGGCCCGACACACAGAGAGGCAGAUUAAGGAGCAGUUUAAGAAGCUUCACCAGUUUCUAGAGGAGGAAGAGGAGGCCAGGAUGGCUGCACUGAGGGAGGAAGAGGAGCAGAAGAGUCAGAUGCUGAAGGAGAAGAUGGAGGCUCUGAGCAGAGAGAUAGCAGCUCUUUCAGACACAGUCAGAGCCACAGAGGAGCAGCUGAGAGCUGAAGACGUCUCAUUCCUGCUCAACUACAAGGCUGCAGUGGAAAGAGUCCAGCAGCGCCCCCUGCUGGAGGAUCCACAGCUGCCCUCAGGAGCUCUGAUAGACCAGGCCAAACACCUGGGCAACCUGACCUUCAACAUCUGGAACAAGAUGAAGCACAUGGUCUCCUACACUCCUGUGAUCCUGGACCCAAACACUGCUGGUCUAAGACUCAUGCUGUCCGAAGAUCUGACCAGUGUGAGAGGAGGAGAGAGACAGCAGCUUCCUGACAAUCCAGAGAGGUUUGGUUAUUACGGCUCUGUCCUGGGCUCGGAGGGCUUCAACUCAGGGACUCACAGCUGGGAGGUCGAGGUUGGAGACAGUACAGACUGGUUUCUGGGAGUGUCAGCAGAGUCUGUCCAGAGGAAGGGAGGCAUACAGUCUGGAUUAUGGACAAUAGGGUUCUUUAUAUCUGAAUUACGGGAAAUAGAGUUCGAUGAAGGUGAAUACUCAGCACGCUCACCAUCAGCUCCAUACACUGAUCUCCGAGUGCAGAAGAAGCCUAAGAGGAUCAGAGUGAAUCUGGACUGGAACAGAGGAAAGCUGUCGUUCUCUGAUCCUGAUACUAACACACACAUACACACCUUCACACACACUUUCACUGACAGACUGUUUCCAUACAUUAGCACUGUGGAUUAUCGCCCACUGAAGGUUUUACCUGUGAAGGUCUCUGUGACUGUAGAACACCUGAACUAUGAUGACGAUGAUGACGACGACGAUGCUCUUUGAGGAACAUGUGACUAUGUCGUCCUGAUGAUGUUGUUGGUUGUCAUGGUGACGUUGUUGCCAUUUACAGUAUAACACCAAGUGCGUCAGCAGCUGAUCCAGCUGGAUUAUUUUAACAACUAAACUGAAAACUGAACUGAAUUAAGUUUGUGUUUCUUUGAGAGGCCUUUCGCCGUUCAACUUUAUUUACUGCUCGUUAAAGUUUAAACCAACAGCCAUAUCUGAACAGACAGCGAGGAACUCCACCCAGGAAGUGUUGCACAUGUUCAGUUUCUACGUGUUAAUAACAGCUGGAUGUUACUCACCUGCUGAACUGGAUCCAUCAGCUGGGCUCACUGAAUAUUUGAUGUUAAAGACUCUUUCUAGUUUCACCUUCAGAGAAUUUACACUCAUUUUUAAUCUUUUUAAGAUCUAAAUUAAAUGAUCUUUUUAUUUUUCACGUUUGGAUUUAAUAAUUCAUAAUUGAAAUGGUUAAAUGACAUAGCUACAGUAAACCUACCGCUUACAUCGCUAAAGGUUUAAUAAUUAUAAGUUCCUUUCCUGUGAUCUACUAUUGUAUUUAUGACCGAUCUGCUCAGUUAUUAUUCAGCUUGUUUCUCAUGUGGUCAGUAAAUGACCUUUAUGUAAAAGCUCAACAGGACGAACUAACUGAGCUGCUGUCAGUAUCUCAGUUAGCUAACUUAGCUAGCUAGCUAACUUACAAAGUUAGGACACAGACACAUUUAGAAAGUUAAAUUAGCUCAUAAACAGGAUUAAUAUUAAAUAACAGAUAUCAGUCUCAUGUCUGUGUUCAAUACAGAGCUUGAGUCAGGAUGCCAUUAGCUUAGCUUAGCAUAAAGACUGGAAGCAGGUAGAAACAGCUAGCCCUGCUCUGUCCAACCGACCAAGACUUCGAAAGCUCACUGAUUAGCAUGUUAUUUGUGAUUUGAUCUAACAACUUUUGUCAAAUCAUCAACUGUGUCAUGUGAUCAUGAGAGGAUCGAAUCAAAGCUUAGAGAACACGUUCCUGUUAUUUCAUAUGUGAGCACUUUCAAUAAAAAUCUGUUGUUCUAAAGAUAAA